CUGUGUAAUUUAAGGGAUGCAAAUGUAGAAAUGAAGUGUUUUUUUUUUGUUGUUUUGUUUUGUUUUUGUUUUUUUUACAUGUUAACAUUUUAACUGUUAUUUCUAUCAUUAUUGCAUUUUCUGCCUGUAUUAUGAAUGGUUUAUUUUUAACCGUUUAAGGUUGGGUUAACAAUUUGUGCUCAAAACGAGAUUUCUUUCAGACAGACUUAAAAACAAUGGGCUCCAAGGUCAUGUAGGCCCUGCCAUAAAAAAUAAAAUUAGCCGACGUAAUCCUUUAUCAGACAGUAAUCAUCAUCACCUUUACUUGACUUCAUGUCUAUAUUGACACACCAAACAUAAAGAAACAGCACACUGAUCACACAAAUUAAAACUGCCUUUGAGACUGCCUACGAUCCCGGUAAAUGACACACGGUAGUCAGGGACAACACGGAGGCAGCAGAGGACCCCUCUUGUUGCUUUAAGUACUAAGAGUGGUUUAACAAAAGAGGAAGAGGCAACUGAAUGAAUCGCCUCCGGAUCUGCUUUGAUGUGUUCAUUUGAUGAUAAUGGUUUCUAUGGAAAGAGCAUAAAAGCGGAAAUACAUUUGGAAAUAGAGUAUAAUCUCAUGAACGUCACAACUGCAAUGGAAAACUCAACCCUGGCCACCAAUCACUCAGAAUGUUACCACGUUGACAGCGAGUUUAGGAGAAGAUCAUUUCUGUUCUUCUACCUCGCCAUCAUCAUCACCUCCAUCCCGUCCAACGUCUUCUCCCUGUUUGUGUCCUGGCAGCAAAUGAGGCUGAAGAAUGAGCUCGGCGUGUAUGUAUUCAACCUGGCACUGAGCGACCUGGCUUUCGCUGUGGGUCUUCUCCUGUGGAUAGACUUUCUGUGGAGGGGAGUCUGGGUCCACGGAGGUCGCAUGUGUGUGCUGUCGCUCUAUUGCCUCUACACAAACUUCUACACCAGCGAAGCUUUCCUGUGCUGCAUCGCUGUCGACCGAUACAUGGCGGUGGUCCACCCUUUUAAGUACACGUCCCUGAGGAAAGUAGGCACCGCAGCGGUGGUCACCGUCGCCAUUUGGAUUUUUGUGUCCUGCUUCAACGCCGUCACCAUCAUGUGGGAGGACUCAUACCACGAGCACAAAAAGUCUUCAGAGUGCUUUGACAUCUUCCACCCGCUGUCGGAGAACCUGGUCCGCGCUAACGUGGUGCGCUUCUUCGUGGGGUUUAUUGUUCCGGGUUUCCUUUUGCUUUUUUCCACCUGGGGCAUUCGUGUGGCAGUGAAGUCCAACCAGGCUACGGGUGAGCAGGAACGUCGACGGAUAUCGAGGCUUUUGGCAGGAGUCCUGCUCUGUGUUUUUUUCUGCUUUGGGCCUUACCAUGUUAUCAUGCUUCUCCGCACGCAGCUGGAUGACUGCAGGACUGUCGCUUGGCUCCUCUAUCCGCACAAGAUCAGCACUGCCAUCUCAAGUCUCAACUGCCUGGCAGAUCCUCUCCUCUACUGCCUUAUCACGAGAACGGGGCAGACCAGUAUCAGUCAGGUAGUUGUGUUUUUCCAGGGAAAGAAGAGAAACAAUGAAAUUACAGUACAAGUAUAACAUAAAAAAAUAAUAAUAAUUAGUAGAAAAUCCAUGCAUUUGUUGAUUACUCCAGACAAACCACCUGUCUAAUGUACCUAUCAUUAGUGUAACAAUGUCCAGUAAAAAGAAAGAUUAAAUAUGGGAUAUUAAUUGACUGAAUGUGUAAAUAAAUAUCCAACAUAUUAAUAUUGUGUUUAGUUUUAUGUUCAGGUCUUGUUUUAGCCUCCAAGUGUCCGAGCCAAUCAGUCAUUUAAGGUUCAGCAGCGUCGACUUAAAGUUUUUUGGAAAAGAUUGUAGUAAAAUGUGUGAAUUCUGGGUGUUUUUCAGUGGAUUAAUGAACAAUUAGAGGUCUGUAGUGAGCACUCGAAGCCGGAUGCACAAGUGAGGAAAGUAAACUUGGUGAUCAUGUUCCUGGUGAUAAGGUCAGCAUUACCCAGCGCAACACAGAGGCUCAUGUGUGUUCAGUUGUCGUUGGCUAUAAAUGGAGGUUUAUUAAAAUAAUCAGUCGGUUGCUGUUUCCACACACACGGUAUAUAUUACAUGAAGCAAACACAAACCGGGCGAGAUAAGGCCGGAAGUAACACCAACUGGCUCUCAUUUACAUCAUUCAUAGUGAUCAAACUUUAUGUCAGUGCAGUGCAAGAGUUCACAUUUUUUUUUUGGAUGAUCUAAUCAACAUGGAUCCUUGCGUAUUUAAGGGUUUUAUCUCUGGAAAAUGUAGUUAAGGUGAUCUCAGAGUCGAUUAAUUUGCAGACAAAGAGGAUUUCAACAAUAAAUAAAUAAACUGA